AAAAAUAAUCAUAGUUUUACAAGCAGAUUAUUAUGUUUCAUAUCGUCUAUAUAUAUUGAUAUAUUACCUAUCUAUCUAUCUAUCUAUCUAAUCUAUCUAUCUAUCUAUCUAUCUAUCUACCUGAUCUAUUUAUCUAUCUAUCUAUCUAAUCUAUAUAUGCAUAUACUUUUGGAAAGGGGGUUUCAUAAAGUACUCCACCUAUCUACCUAUCUAAUCUAUCUAUCUAUCUAUUUGUCCAUCUAUCUAUCUAUCUACCUAUCAAUCAAUCUAUCUAUCUAUCUAUCCAUCUAUCUAAUCUAUAUCCAUCUAUCUAAUCUAUAUAUGCAUAUACUUUUGGGAAGGGGGUUCCAU